AUAAAAAAUGCGAGGAGUAAUCAAACCAUAUUGGUGGACUUGGCUGAUGCUGAUGCAUUGCUUUUAAUUGAGCUAGGGUCCUCCUCUUCUCCAUAGUCUCUUGUUACCACCAUUCACUCCAAUGGCGACACCAGGAGAAUACUACAGAUCUCUUCCACCCGUGACCAAGGCCUAUGGUGUCUUCUGUCUUAUGACGUCGGCGGCAGAUCGUCUCCGCUUAUUUAACGUCGUCCAUAUUUUGUUAUACUAUGACCUCGUUCUGAAGCAAUUUCAGGUUUGGAGGCUCGUAACGAACUUCUUCUUCCUUGGUCGAUUUUCCAUUUAUUUCGGUUUACGCUUUCUGAUGCUAGCAAGAUACGGCGUAAUGCUGGAGAAGGGGCCAUUCAAACAGAGGACUGCAGACUUCCUCUGGAUGAUGAUCUUUGGAGCAUUGUCAUUGCUGGUGAUUGGCUUGAUCCCCCAAUUACGUUUUCCUUUCAUGGGUCCCUCCUUGGUGUUCAUGAUGCUCUAUGUUUGGUCAAGAGAGGUUCCAAAUUCACAGAUCAGGAUUGCAGGCUUAGUGACCAUGAAGGGUGUCUAUCUCCCAUGGGCUAUGAUCGCACUGGAUUUAAUCUUCAACGAUCCCCUGGUACCUGAUAUCUUGGGAAUCCUUUCUGGGCACCUGUACUACUUCCUUGCAGUUCUUUAUCCUCUUUCUGGAAGGCAAAACAUACUGAAGACUCCUCUAUGGGUUCACAAAUUGGUUGUGUAUUGGGGUGAGGGAGCUCAGAUGAACAGCCCCGUGCAGCCUAAUCAGCAUGCUGGCAUCGCAUUUAGGGGAAGAAGCUACCGAUUGAAUAGAUAGGUAACGGAGAACCAAGUAGUAAAUUGAGGAUGGGAUUAUGUUAAAUGUGUUGAAAUUUCACUUGUGCUGAACCAUGUAUAUGAAGGGAGGAUCUAAUGGUACUUUUCACGUGAAAGAAUGAUUCCCCUUUAUUUUCGCAAUGUACACCAUCGGAUGAUAGCCAUUAUGAAAUCUAUGCAAAUAGAUGAAAGGGGUAGUUGGGAGUGCUUUAAAAUCUUGCAAGGCAUGAUCCAAUGGUUGAUA